AUGUUGAGCCCAGCAGGCAGCGGCAGCGGCGAAAGCCGGGAGCCAGUAAACGAGCAGAUGAUCAUCAACAUGUAUAACACCUUACGCUCGGAGAUCAACCAGCUCCAUGCAAAGAUCACAGAGCUGGAGAUGGAGGUGAGCGAGCACUCCCUGGUGAUUGGGGCCAUCGAACCACUGGACCCUGCCAGGCGGUGCUACCGCAUGAUCGGUGGCGUGCUCGUUGAGAGGACAGUCAAGGAGGUCCUCCCGGCGGUCCGGCGGAACAGGGAGGGCCUCGAGGAGGUGGUUUCUCGGCUUAAUGAAGCCCUCGAGAGGAAGAAGAAGGAGAUCCAGGAGUUUGAAGUGAAACACAAGAUCAAGAUCCGGAGAUCAGAAGCCGAAAAAAAGGAUGAUGAUGCACCCAAGGAGGGCUCUGCCCAGGGUGUUCUUGUGGGCCCUGCCGGGGUUUGA